CAAGGACGGCGGGUGGGGAUGCUCACACCGUUCCUGAACCUUCGUCUUCAGAGUUGUGUGGCGAGAGAGGAGAAAAGUCAUGUCGCUGCUUCCUCUUAUCCUGCUUGCUGCCUUGCUGAUGGACGCCAGUGCCAAAAGGUGUGUGUGCAAAGGAAGUUCACCGUGUCACUGUGCAGGAGUCAAAGGCGCCCGGGGAGACAGGGGCAUUCCAGGAGGUGAAGGAGUUCCAGGACCAGAAGGCCGCAAAGGAAUUGAUGGUCACGCCGGCCCACCAGGACCAAAGGGCAACACUGGGCCGGAUGGACCUGUAGGCCCUGUGGGAAAUCCGGGUCGCGAAGGCAAAGAGGGAUUUGCGGGCUCUCACGGUUUACCGGGCAUCCCGGGUCUGCAGGGCCCACCUGGGCCACCGGGGGCUCCAGGCUGCAACGGAACAGAUGGAGAAGAUGGACUUCCUGGUAUUCAUGGAGCCCCAGGACUUGAUGGAUUUCCUGGUCCACCGGGCGCUGCUGGACCAAAGGGUCAGUCUGGAGUACCAGUGAGUGCAAUUCCGGGGCCACCGGGACUUCCUGGACGAACAGGCCAGCCGGGAGAUACAGGUUUGACGGGAAUUACUGGGCCGCCAGGAGACUCUGGACUACGUGGACCUGAUGGGGAAAUAGGCCCUAUAGGGAUGCCAGGAUCAAAGGGUCAAGGAGGCAUCGGUAUUCCAGGACCAGCUGGACCAAAGGGUCGACAAGGCCCUCCAGGCCCACCUGGAUCACCAGGUCGGGUUAAGGAGUAUUUCACUGAGAGCCUUGUGGUAAAGGGUGAAAAAGGAGACCAAGGAGCUAGAGGAGAUAAAGGCUGCACAGGUCCUGCAGGAGACCCUGGCGACGGCUAUUCCGCAAAAGGAGCAAAGGGAGACAAAGGCCAAGAGGGUCCAGAAGGCAAGAUGGGGAAGGAUGGCGAACUUGGACAAUCUGGAUUUAUGGGAAGGCCCGGUCCUAGAGGUGAUCCUGGAUUUGCAGGAACAACAGGACCCACGGGUGCAAAAGGGGAUCAAGGUUCUCCUGGUCUACCUGGGGAAAUAGAAAUAGUGGCACCUGUGCUGCUAAAUGGAUACACUGGAGAUCCAGGAGAUCUUGGCCAACCUGGACUUCCUGGGCGCCCAGGUGUUGUGGGAUUUCCUGGACCUGAUGGACCACCAGGAGAUUCAUCAGAUCUACAAGGACCACAAGGUCCAGAUGGUGCUCUGGGUUCUAAAGGAAAUCGCGGCGACCCGGGCGAUAGUUAUCCAGGCCCUUCUGGUCCAGAAGGGGAUCCUGGUGAUCAGGGACCACCCGGAGAUCAAGGUCCACCUGGGUUCCCCGAAGACAAUGAUAAGAAAUUCGCCAAAGGUCUUCCAGGAAUGAAGGGUGUCAGAGGUAUCCCUGGGCUUGUAGGAUAUAACGGGCCGCCUGGAAUGAAAGGGGACAAGGGAGAACCCUGCUAUAACUGUACGGGAAAAGGAGUAUCAGGUCCACCGGGUCCACUGGGUCCUCCAGGUCCGCAAGGAAUACCAGGAUAUAAUCAAGGCCCAGGAGCUAAAGGAGACCCAGGUUAUCCAGGAAGUAGGGGCUUGCCUGGAAGUCCGGGUCGUAUUGGCAUAACAGGUGUCCCAGGCUUCCCUGGACAAAAAGGAGACUCAUAUUCUAAUAUCAGAUUAGGAGUAAAGGGGGAGAAAGGAGACACAGGAUACCCUGGAAGGCCGGGAGUAGAUGGCCACCCUGGCUCUCCAGGACUGCAAGGUCGUAAAGGUCUUCAAGGCCCUCCGGGGGAUCUGUAUAGUGGAGAGGGAGACAAAGGCUUUCCAGGUCCACAGGGGGUUUGGGGCAGACCAGGACCACAAGGCUACCCUGGGGCAGUGGGAUAUGGGCCUAUUGGACUUCCAGGAACUAAGGGAAAUUUAGGAGUUCCUGGCUUCCCUGGGCAGCCUGGAAUUCCAGGCCAAAAAGGAGAACCAGGCCACAUCCUCUCAAAUGGUUUUCCUGGACCACCUGGGUUUAAAGGCCAACCUGGAUUAUCAGGAAAUCAAGGUGUUCCAGGUGUUCCAGGUUUCAUAGGCAGACCGGGUUCACCAGGACAGAAAGGGGAAAGAGGUGACGGAUUAUAUCCCGGACAACCAGGGUUACCAGGAGCGAAAGGUGAAAAGGGUUUUCCAGGUAUCAAAGGCCUCCCAGGUAUCGGUCUUCCUGGUCAACCGGGCCAACAAGGACCUCCUGGUCUUCAAGGAAUGAAGGGUGAUGGCGGUUAUGGACUUCCAGGACCUAAAGGCCAACAAGGCAUUCCUGGAAGUGAUGGUGCUCAAGGACCUACAGGAGAUCCUGGAAUCCCUGGCUCACCUGGGAGCCAAGGAUUACCAGGAAAUGCUGGGCCCCGGGGAGAAAAAGGAAAUAAAGGGGAAAUUGGCCCACCAGGACUUCCAGGUACUAAAGACUCGUGUAAUAGUACUCUUCUUGGACCAUCGGGACUAGCAGGGGCAGACGGUGGUCCUGGACUGCCUGGACCUGACGGGCUGCCAGGUGAAAAGGGAAAGAGAGGAGUCCCUGGAUUUGGUCAGCCUGGCCCUGCAGGUGAGCCUGGUCAUCCUGGGCCAACAAUACCAGGUCCCCAAGGUGUGAGUGGGCCAAAAGGAAGUAGGGGACAAAAUGGACGACCAGGCCAACCAGGAAUGAGAGGAGACCCUGGACCAGAUGGGUUACCAGGAUUUGGACUUCAAGGAUUACCUGGAAUUAUUGGACCCCCAGGCGAAAUUGGUAACCCUGGUUUUGAGGGAAACAAAGGUUUGUUGGGUCCACCAGGAUUGACUGGAGAUCCGGGACCUAGGGGUCCCCCAGGAUCUCCAUCCCCAAUACCUACAGAGCUUAUUGGUUGGCAGGGAGUGGCUGGGUCGCCGGGUUAUCCUGGACCAGUUGGUCCUUGGGGUGAUAGUGGAAGUACUGGAGCAAAAGGGCCAAGGGGUAAUACUGGACGACCAGGGAGGCCUGGGCAAACAGGUCCCCCAGGUGACCAUGGUAUUCCUGGAUUCUUGAAGGGACGCCGGGGACCUGCUGGGAUACAAGGAGAUUCCGGAAACCAAGGCAAUCCUGGGUCAAAAGGACUAAAGGGAGACCAUGGAAUCCCUGGAGGGCCUGGCGCAGAUGGUGCACCAGGUCCAAGGGGUCGCAAAGGAGAAAAGGGAGAGCCAAACUAUCAUGGACAUGGCCCACCUGGACCGAUUGGACAAAAGGGGGAACCAGGAUUAAGCAUCACACACACAAUGAAGGGUGAAAAAGGACAGCCUGGUAUUGUUGGAGCUCCAGGUUUACCAGGAUUUCACGGACUCAAAGGAGAACCAGGACCCGUUGGAGAAAAUGGUUCACCUGGAUAUCAAGGACCGAGAGGUAUAGAUGGACCUCAGGGAAUCAAAGGACAUAGAGGACCAAAUGGACCACCAGGUCCCCAUGGCCCACCAGGUAGUUUUGGUCCUCAAGGACCCAAAGGCAGCCAGGGACAGGAUGGAAUCCCUGGACCAUCGGGACAGAAAGGAGAUAACCUUGCGAUAGAAGGAGCACCUGGUCCCCGCGGUCUACCAGGUCAGCUAGGUCCUCCAGGGAAUCCAGGUUCUCCUGGCUCUGCUACUUCAGGAAAUCCUGGAUUAAGAGGAGACAGAGGACCUCCAGGACCACACGGGAACUCAGGUCCCAGAGGACAGCCGGGAAGAGACGGUGCCUGUUUUCCUGGGACAAAAGGAGACCGUGGACUUGAUGGUGGUUUGGGAAGGCCAGGUUAUCGUGGUCCACCUGGACCUCCAGGCCCACCAGGUCCUGGACUGAAAGGUGGCAGAGGUGACCCGGGCCCAACAGGGAGCCCAGGUUACGCUGGACCUCCAGGAGAUCGGGGCAUUCCUGGUCAACCUGGUCCAAAAGGCCAACCUGGAAAUUCAGGACCAAGAGGCGAUUCUGGUCCUCUUGGGAACAAUGGGUACCCUGGUGACAAGGGAGAUCCUGGCUAUAUACCAGGCCCGCCUGGUCCACCUGGGACAAAUGGUUUUCCGGGGCGACCUGGCGUGAAAGGUGAACCAGGGUAUGGGAAGGUGGUAUAUGAACCAGGACCCCCAGGCUUACCUGGUUCCGCUGGCAAUGUUGGACAGCCUGGGAAAGCCGGACCAGCAGGACCAGUGGGCCGAUCAGGUCCCCCGGGUCCCAAAGGAGUCCCAGGUUCAAGCCCAGUGGGACAACCUGGAUUUACUGGUCUGAAGGGAGACAAAGGAGUGUCAGGGUUGCCAGGCCUACCAGGCAGACCUGGAGACCCAGGCAACAAGGGCCAAAAGGGAUUACCAGGACAAAGUGGUUAUGGCUAUGUGACGAGCUUCCUAAUAGCACGACAUAGUCAGAGUGUGACUGUACCUGAUUGCCCCGAAGGCACCACCCAUAUUUACUCUGGCUACUCUUUCCUCUUCAUUAACGGAAAUGAGCGAGCUCACGGCCAGGACCUCGGCACCUCAGGAAGCUGUCUACCUCGAUUCUCCCCCAUGCCCUUCCUCUUCUGUGACACGGAGUCAAACUGCCGGUAUGCCUCUCGUAACGACUACUCCUACUGGUUGUCCACCGACGCGCCCAUGCUUCCCUCCAUGGUUGCCCUCACAGGGGAAAGGCUUUCUUCCCACAUCAGCAGGUGCUCGGUGUGCGAAACUACCUCUAAUGUCAUCGCAGUUCAUAGCCAGACAACUCAAAUACCAGAAUGUCCUGUAGGCUGGCAGUCCCUGUGGACUGGAUAUUCCUUUGUCAUGCAAACAGGGGCUGGCGCAGAUGGCUCUUCCCAGCCGCUUGUGUCUCCCGGCUCAUGCCUUGAACAUUUCCGCCAAGUGCCGUUCAUAGAGUGUCAUGGCAGGGGGACGUGCAACUACUACCCUGAUUCGUACAGUUACUGGGUGGCGACCCUGAAACCUGACAUGUUCAGUAAACCCGUUCCUCAGACAGUGAAGGGGCCUUCGCAACAAAGCAUCAUCAGUCGUUGUCGAGUUUGCCGCAAACAACAGCAAGCUCAGAAAUGUGACAGAUGUACAAAGAUACUUUGAAGCACAAUUCAAUUUGUUCUCAUGACAAUUUCUAGCAUCAGUGGGCCUGGGCAAGCAAUCUGUAAGGGUUACAGUUAAGAUCUAAAUAUAUAGCCUCUAUUUAUGAAAUCAAAUAAAAAUCUUUAGGUUUUUUUCCCAGUGAUAUGACCAUAACCAAAAGUGUUUAAAGUUUCUUUGCAUUCACAAGAACAAUAUAACAUAUUUCUCUCAAUUUGACACAUUAUAAUCAAUGUCUGGUCUGCUAUAUGAUGAUGUGGUACAUUUCUCUUACGAGUCUUACUUUAUGACCCUUUGAAUAAGACACACCUCAGCAUUUACCAAGCAGAAUAUCAUCUUAAUGGCAGCUACGCAUAUGCAGAUGAUAAUGCUAAUGCGCGUUAAAAUUAAUCAAAUGUGGAGCAAGUCGGUAUAUCUUACAGCGCUUUUAGUGUGCCGAGUGUGUUUGAUUAUUGUAUUGUGAUGGAUUUCAUAAUAAAUGCAGCGACUGCAGUACAACAUAACAUUAA